AUGGAAGUAGCUUUCAACACCAUUCCCGGCUUCAACCACUCAUUCCUCGACGUCAUCCAUGAGCUCAUCGAAGAAACCACCACCGAGAAGUCCGCCGGCGGCGGCGCCGGCCACCACCCUUCCGCCGCGUACCUCCGCGAAGCACGUGCGAUGGCCGCCACCCCCGCCGACGUGAAGGAGCUCCCGGAGGCGUACGUGUUCGUUUUGGACAUGCCGGGGCUUUCGGCCGACCAGGUGAGAGUCGACGUGGAGGAGGACGGGAGGACGCUGGUGGUGAGCAGGGAGAGGAAGAGGGAGAAGGAGAGGGACCAAGGGAUACGGUACGUGAGGAUGGAGAGGCGGCUGGGGAAGUAUCUGAAGAGGUUUCCGAUGCCGGAGAACGCUGACGUGGAGAAGGUGGCGGCGAGGUAUAAGGACGGGGUGCUGACGGUUACGGUGGUGAAGAAGCCCCCGGAGGAGCCCAAGAAGCUCAGGACGUUGAAGUUCAAGUCGCGUGAUGGUGGUGGUGUUGGAUGUGUACAUUAUGGUGCAGUUUGGUGUUGUCGACGUUCUUUCCUCCGAUCAGAACAAGAGCCCCCCAAAUUCAUCAAAAAAAUUACCCGCCAAGAGCAGAAUGGUUCUGUUUGGGUCCCAGCUCAAGAUUCAGAUUCCUUCUUCCUUGCUCUCCCUCCCGCCUUCUUCCCCAGCAGCAGGGUCUUCCCCCAGAUCUCCGGCCGAUUUCGGGAUCAAGACGAGGAACUCUCAAUUGGGCAGCUCUUUCUCCUCCUCCGGUCUAUCCCCAUCCCCCGUACUGAAAUCCACGACGUUCGGGUCGGACAAUUCGGGUCUGGACGCCUCGAACUGCCGCCGCAGCGGGUCUUCACCUCCGGCGAAAUGGAGCUUUCCGAGGACUAUACCUGCGUCAUCUCCCACGGCCCCAUCCCGAAAACCACUCACAUAUUCGACGAUUGCAUCGUCGACGCCUACUGCGGCGUGUUUACCCUCGAUCCCUCGGUCAAAGAAGCGUCCGACGAUUUCUACCCUUUUGAGAGCGUGAUUAUAAUAUUUUUUUAA